GUUAUAUCUGGUUAUAAAGAGUGGGGAAACGGAACGAUUGAAUUUUAGAAGAAAAGGUUGUAUUUAUUUCAACAUUAUAUUUGAAAGAUUUAUUGGUAAAUGAUUUUUUAAAAAUUAUAAACUCAUCAUUAUUUUGUUAAACAAAAUGCAAGAAUUUUUAGGUAUUUUGCUGCUAAUUACUGGAGCUCAUUGUUUGUACCCCUCAAACUCAGAUGUUAUAGAUCUUAAACCAAACAAUUUUGACAGAUUAGUAAUAAAUAGUGAUAAUGUGUGGAUUGUAGAAUUUUUUGCACCGUGGUGUGGACAUUGUCAACAAUUAAUACCUGAAUAUGACAAAGCUGCAACAGCCUUAAAAGGUAUUGUAAAAGUGGGUGCACUAAAUGCAGAUGAACAUAAAUCUCUUGGAUCAAGAUAUGGAAUACAAGGUUUUCCAACAAUUAAAAUCUUUGGUGUUGAUAAUAAACCUGAAAAUUAUAAUGGACCAAGAACUGCCGCAGGAAUUGUUGAUGCUGCUUUAAAUGCAGCUAGUCAAAAGGCACAUAGGGCUUUAGGAGGCAAAAGAAGUGGUGGAGAUUCCAAGUCUAAAGAUUUCAAGGAUGUAAUUGAAUUAACAGAUGAUAACUUUGAUAAAAUAGUAAUGAAUUCAGAAGAUAUGUGGUUAGUUGAAUUUUAUGCACCAUGGUGUGGUCACUGUAAAAAUUUAGCUCCUAUUUGGGCAUCUGCAGCAACAGAACUUAAAGGUAAAGUGAAAUUGGGAGCCAUUGAUGCUACUGUAAAUAGAAUUAAAGCUAGCCAGUAUGAAAUAGAAGGAUAUCCUACCAUCAAAUACUUUGCACCGGGUAAAAAAUCUUUCAAUUCUGUGCAAGAAUAUGAUGGUGGUCGUACAAGUAGUCACAUAGUAAAUUGGGCAUUAGAGAAACUGGCAGAAAAUGUUCCAGCACCAGAAGUAGUUCAAAUUACAAAUGAAAAGAGUUUAAGAGAAGUGUGCGAAGACAAACCAUUGUGUGUUGUGUCUGUUAUACCACACAUUUUAGAUUGUCAAUCAGAUUGUAGAAAUGAAUAUUUAAAAAUUUUAAAUAACCUUGGAGAACAAUAUAAACAAAAAAUGUGGGGUUGGGUUUGGGCUGAAGCUGGUGCUCAACCUUAUAUUGAAGAAGCAUUAGAAAUCGGCGGAUUUGGUUAUCCAGCAUUAGCAGCUGUAAAUACAAAGAAAAUGAAAUAUUCUUUAUUAAAGGGUAGUUUCUCAUAUGAUGGUAUAAAUGAAUUUUUACGAGAUUUAAGUUAUGGUCGAGGCGGUACAGCUCCUUUAAAAGGAGCUCAGUUACCUAAAAUUCUUGAAACUAAACCAUGGGAUGGCAAAGAUGCCGAACUUCCACAGGAAGAAGAAAUUGAUCUUAGUGAUAUAGAUCUUGAUGCAAAGGACGAAUUGUAAUUAUAAAACUUAGUGUUUCUCAGGAACAUAUGCACUCUCAUAUACAUGCAUUAGUAAAAUACUUAAUACUAAAAUAUUCUCAAUAUUUAUUUUUAUAUAACAUUAUUAUUCUUGGUUUGUAUAACUAUGUAUUAAUGUACAAUGAUAA